AUGGCCAACUCCAAAUUUGAAUAUGUCAAGCAAUUUGAGCAGCCUGAUAACAUCCUGCCCAACACAUGGGUUGUGGUGAGAAUCGAUGGACGGGGUUUUACGAAGUUUGCAAACAAAUAUGGCUUUGAGAAGCCAAACGACAAACGGGCACUCGAGCUCAUGAAUGCUGCUGCGCGGGCGGUCAUGGCCGAACUGCCGGACAUCACCAUUGCCUAUGGAGUCAGCGAUGAAUACAGUUUCGUCUUUCACAAGACAUGUGUGCUUUUCGAGCGGCGAUCUAGCAAGCUGGUUUCGACAAUCGUCUCGACCUUCACCGCAUACUAUGUCCACUAUUGGCCGACCUACUUCCCAGAUACUCCGUUAUCCCCGCCCCUGCCCAGCUUCGACGGCCGAGCCGUGUGUUAUCCCAGCGUGCAGAAUCUGCGAGACUACAUGAGCUGGAGACAGGUUGAUUGUCAUAUUAACAAUCUUUACAAUACAACUUUCUGGGCCCUCAUUCAGUUAGGCGGGAUGGAUGCCACGGAGGCCGAGAAGACACUCAAGGGGACGUAUGCUGCCGACAAGAACGAGAUUCUCUUCUCCCGAUUCAGCAUCAACUACAACAAUGAGCCCGAGAUUUACAAAAAGGGCAGCGUCGUCUUCCGGGAUUACGAGCCGGUGGAGCCUGGAACACACAAUGCUGCCGCCGAAGCCGACAGUCUGGCCGUCCCGGUCCAGCAAUCAAAGACACAGAACGAGACGGACAGAAAACGGCGAGCAAAGGCGCCUAUUGUGGUAGAGCACCUUGAUAUUAUCAAGGACGACUUCUGGGACCGCCGGCCGUGGCUGCUAUCAAAUAAGCCGGGCAAAAUUCCCAAAGAGGUUUGA